UCGAUGCGGCAUCUCCUCCCUCCAGGCCCCGCCCCUCACGGCAGUAUGGCCGCCGUCCUGUAGACUGCUCGCUCCCGCGGUCGCAUGUGAGAUUAAAGGGUUUACCGCUCCAACAUGUCCGCCGUGCUUUUCCUGAAAGCGUCGCUGAGCAGAAUACCCCCGCGCGUGGCUCGAAAGGCUUUCGGCUGUGGGUAUCACACCGAGAGGGGGGUGUACGGAUACCGACCGAAGCAGACCGGCGAGGACCUACAGCCGCUCCGCGAGAGCCUCUCCGCGCUCAACCAAGAUCAUGGGCUCGCGCGUCUGGUGGAGGCGUACCGAGCACACGGACACAAGGCAGCCAAAAUUAACCCAUUACUGCCGGACAAGCCCGUGGCUGACGGGGUCCCGGAGAUCAACAUGUUGACUGACAGCGUGACGGGAACUCUCCACACCGCCGGGCUGCGGCACUUUGGAAAGAGCCAGGCUUUAGCGGAGGAGGUGCGGGCCUACCUGGAGAAGGUGUACUGUGGUUCCAUGUCUGUGGAGACCAGCCAGCUGAGCAGUCUGGAGGAGAAGGAGUGGUUCGCUGAUCGCUUUGAGGAGCUGAAGAGCGGGACCUUUACUCCAGAGGAGAGGAGACAGCUGGCCAGGAUUAUGCUCGAGUCUCAGGAAUUUGACCACUUUUUGGCCACAAAGUUUGCUACUGUGAAGCGCUACGGAGGAGAAGGAGCAGAGAGCAUGAUGGGAUUUUUUAAUGAACUUUUCCAGCAGGCAGCUAAAAGUGGAGUUACAGACGUCGUCAUCGGCAUGCCUCACAGAGGCCGACUUAACCUUCUGACAGGCCUGCUGAGGUUCCCGCCAGAGCUCAUGUUCAGGAAGAUGCGUGGCCUCAGCGAGUUCCCUGACACCUCGCCGGCCAUCGGCGACGUCCUCUCCCAUCUCACCUCCUCGGUGGAGUUGGAUUUCGGAGCAGAGCGCCCGCUUCACGUUACCAUGCUACCCAACCCAUCUCAUCUGGAGGCCAUCAACCCCGUGGCUCAGGGGAAAACCAGAGCCAGGCAGCAGCUCAGAAAAGAAGGAGACUAUUCACCUGAAGACAACGCCCAGCCAGGAGACCAAGUCAUCUGUCUGCAGGUCCACGGUGAUGGUUCGUUUACGGGUCAGGGGAUUGUUCCAGAAACUCUCACUCUCUCGAACCUUCCCCACUACAGAGUUGGAGGAAGCAUUCACCUCAUAGUGAACAACCAAGUGGGCUACACCACUCCAUCAGACAGAGGGAGGUCCUCUUUGUACUGCAGUGACGUUGGAAAGAUGGUGAACUGCGCCGUGAUCCACGUCAACGGCGACCACGCAGAGGAGGUGCUGCGAGCCACCCGGCUGGCUGUGGACUACCAGCGGCGCUUCAGGAAGGACGUCAUCCUGGACCUGAUCUGCUACCGCCAGUGGGGCCACAACGAGCUGGACGAGCCUUUCUUCACCAACCCGGCCAUGUACAAGAUCAUCCGAUCGCGGAAGAGCAUCCCCGACUCCUACUCCGAGCAGCUGAUCUCGGAGGGUCAGAUGUCCGAGUCCGAGCGCGACCAGAUCAAAUCCGGAUACUACGGCAUGCUCAACGACAAGCUGUCCAACAUGACCCUGUACAGCCCGCCGCCCACCAACCUACAGGGCCGCUGGGGCGAUCUCGUGGAGCCACAGCCCAAAGUGACCACCUGGGACACGGGGGUCCCCGUUCCUCUGCUGCAGUUUGUCGGAGCCAAAUCCGUGGACAUCGGCGAGCACAUCCAGAUGCACAGCCACCUGGUGAAAACCCACGUGCAGGCUCGGCUGCAGAAGUUAGAAGAAGGAACCAAGCUGGACUGGUCCACAGCCGAGGCGCUGGCUUUUGGAUCCCUCCUCUGCCAAGGUUUUAAUAUUCGCAUCAGCGGACAGGACGUUGGGAGAGGAACCUUCAGUCAGCGACACGCAAUGGUCGUGUGCCAAGAGACAAACGACAUGUACAUCCCUCUGAACCACAUCACCCCCCAGCAGAGCGGGUUUCUGGAGGUGUGCAACAGCCCGCUGUCGGAGGAGGCAGUGCUGGGGUUCGAGUACGGGAUGAGCAUCGCUCAGCCGAAGCUGCUGCCCAUCUGGGAGGCUCAGUUUGGAGACUUCUUCAACGGAGCACAGAUCAUCUUUGACACCUUCAUCUCUGGAGGUGAAGCUAAGUGGCUGCUGCAGUGUGGGAUGGUGAUUCUGCUGCCUCACGGUUACGACGGAGCCGGACCCGAACACUCGUCCUGCCGCAUGGAGCGCUUCCUCCAGCUGUGCGACAGCAAAGAGGAGGGUGUGGACAGCGACUGUGUGAACAUGGCUGUGGUGAACCCCACCACACCCGCCCAGUACUUCCACCUUCUGAGGCGACAGAUGAUCCGGAACUUCCGCAAACCCCUCAUCGUGGUGGGGCCCAAGACGCUGCUGCGCUUCUCUGGCGCGGUGUCCAGUCUGACGGAAUUGGCACCAGGAACCUCCUUCAGACCCGUUCUGGGAGACUCUUCAGUGUCAGCUGAGAGUGUCCAGAGGGUGGUGCUGUGCUCUGGAAAGCACUACUACGCUCUACUGAAGCAGAGAGAGUCUUCCACAGCCAACCAGAACACGGCGCUGAUCCGCGUGGAAGAGCUGUGUCCGUUUCCUUUGGAAGCUCUGCAACAGGAACUCAAAAAAUACCCCAACGCCACAGAGUUCAUCUGGAGUCAGGAGGAGCCUCAGAACAUGGGGCCCUGGUCUUUUGUGGCUCCAAGGUUUGAGAAGCAGCUGGCCUGCAAGCUACGGUUAGUGAGUCGACCUGCUCUGCCCGCCCCCGCUGUCGGCAUCGGGACCCUCCAUCACCAGCAGCAGGAGGCCAUCCUCACUGCUACUUUUUCCUGAGACUCUCAGAAGAACCGUCCAGAAAUAUUUAAGCUCCUUUUUUUUUUUUUUUUUUUGGCUGCACGGCAGCUACAGACCACAUUUUAUGAAUGAAGACCACAUUCUACAAAUGUUUGGUUCAUACUGAACAGUGACAAUCUCCUCAAACAACAGCUAUCAUUCAUUCAGUUCUCCUGAAGCUACGUUUUAUUUUAGCAUUAGAGUAUUUUAAAAAUCAAGGUCUUAGCUCCUGUUUGUUCAUAAUUGUACGAUCAUUUGAAGGUACAGGCGCCUUACAGGAGGCCUUAUAAACAUGAUGUUUACAGGUGAGCCUGGAAAAUAUGUUAGUGAAACAGGAGACCAUGACUGCAUGUGUGAAAGCUGUAAAAACUCGACGCUACAGAACAAAACACUAACAUAACGAGGUCAUGCAGUCUGGAUAGGGUCACUUAGUUUAUCAACAAAAGGACGAUGAAGAUCACAAGACAGAAGAGCGUGUGUACAACUGUGAUUGUUUACAAUGAAUGUAUGAAAUGUAGCGUUUAGUCUUACAAAUUAAGACUUUUAACAAGUAUAUUAGUAAAAUAUUUGUGUAAUUUAAGCAAAUUUGGACAAAAUAAAUCUAUUUUCUCGUU